GCAACAGCAAAGUUAACCAAAAUGCAUUACAAGUUAAUUAAUGAACAAUAGAAACUAAAUACAAUAAAAACUAAACGUGAGAAGACGCAAAUACAUUAUAUAGUGACAACAUAAACAACAUUUAAAAAAAUCUGAUGGUACUUAAGCGGAACUCGAAUGAAAAGCCAGGGUUAAAAAAAUGAGUUUCAAGAUUUAAUUAAUUCUAUUAUUUAAAAAUUAUUCUUGGUAUUAAAGGUUAGCAAAUGUAGAUCAAAUCAUUGACUUCAAUGGAUUGUAGAAAAGACGCAAAAGGGAACGAGCUAUUUUCUGACGACCUUCUGCUUGUGUUGGCAGUUAAUGAUGCACACUCAUGUUCUUAUUCUGCAAUUUACAGAAGCUAAAUACCAUGGGCUGGUAAACCAAGGUGCGACAUGUUACCUGAACAGUGUGCUGCAGGUGCUGUUUAUGACCGAAGACUUCAGAGAAGCUGUGAAAAGGUCCUCCAAACAAAAUGUUGGCAUUGGGCUUCUUGGUGCCCUUACAGACUUGUUUGAUAAUUUACAGAAACAUACAGCAAACACACACAAAAUAAUAACCCAGCUGGGCAUCAGCAGAGUGUAUGAACAGCGAGAUGCUGCUGAAUGCAUCGAGAAGAUUUUAACAAUGACCAGUCCCGAGGCAUCACAGAUCUUCCACGGUCUGUUAGCAAACCAAAUCACCUGCUCUAAAGGUCAUAAAGAGACUGACAGAGAUGCACCAUUUUGGCAUCUUCCUCUGUCAUUGGUGGAUUUUUACAAUCAAGACUACAGUGUAGUGAACGGCAUUGAGGAGUUUUUCAGACCUACAUGUCUAAAUGGAGAACACCAGAUGUACUGUGACCGCUGCGGUCACAAAGUUGAUGCUACUAUUACAGAUGUAAUAAAACAUCACCCAGAUGUUUUGAUUCUGCUGCUGAAGAGGUUUGAGUUCAACUACAGUUACAUGUCCUACUUCAAAACCAGCUGUUUUGUGGAGGUUCCCUACAGCCUGCAAAUACAAGGGAAUGAGGUGUACGAACUGUAUGCAGUUGUGGAUCAUUUUGGUGGUCUGAGAGGUGGCCAUUACAGCGCAACAAUCAAAACCCAGGAUGAAGACAGAUGGUAUAAGUUUGAUGAUACCCAGGUCACACCGCUUGAUUACCAACCAUUCCAGGAGAAGUAGGUUUUUGUCUUUCCUCUUGUCCUUGCUAUAGAUUAAUUUGCAAAUAUAUCAAUAUUUAAAGUUUAUUUAAACACAAAUAUAAUAUAGAUGACUGUACGUAUGGAGUAUGUUACACCAAACUCUAAUCACAAGUGCAGAUU